AUUGCCACGGUGCGUUGCGGCCGUUCACAAAAACAACCGCCGUUCCCCCUCCGCCACGCCACCUCACAAAUCUCUGAAAAUCCAACACAUAAACACCGAAACCCUAAUUCUAAACUCACAGUUCAACAGAUCACAACAACAAACCAAAUCAUGGCGACUUUAAGAAGAGCCGUAUUAUCCAACAUUUCUCGCCUCAUCAAUUCCGCCGUAGCUCCGCCGCGCAUCCACGGCGUCGUAUCGUCGCACGAAAUCGUGCGGUAUCAAUCUGUUCACAGGCCGUUUGUUAAUUCGUUUUCUAGAUUCUAUUGUUCAAACUCUGGUGUUGAAUUGUUGGAUUUUGAUUUGUCUGAUGAAGAAAGCAAGCGGCGAUUAGUGAACAGGUUGGUGUAUAGGAGUAAACAAAGGGGGUUUCUUGAGCUGGACCUGGUUUUAGGAAGUUGGGUGGAGAAUCACAUUGGAUCUUUGGAUGAGAAUGGGAUCAGAGCACUUGUUGAUGUUCUUAACCUUGAAAAUCCUGAUUUAUGGAAAUGGCUAACCGGGCAGGAACAACCGCCUGAACCAAUCAACACAAAUCCCGUAUUCACCGAGGUGCGUGGUAAGGUAAUGUACAACCUCGACAACUAUGCUUCGGAACAGACACGGGCCACACCCGGGCAACCAUGGGUCAGAGGAUGGGACGAUUUCAAAAAGGGUCGUGAUAGCCCGAUAGUCGGAAAUCAGUAAUUAUUUUUACAACUCUGUUUACUAGUAAGUUUACUUCAUAUGUUAUAAACACCAAGAAUAAGGCUGCUAUAAGAUUAAAUCCCUCAAAGGUUUUGAGGUCUAAGGAAUGUAUUUUUAUCCCUGGUUGUGAGUAAUUUUAAGCUCGGGUUCAGCUUAGGCUCGACUCUUUUAUCACUUAUUAAUCAAUUAAUGAUUUUGUUUGUA